UCUAUUAAAACAAGCCCCACUCUCCACAAGCUACACUAAAAAACCCUCUCUUCCUAUUUCUCUUCUUCAUCAAAAUGAAGUUUGUUUCAAAUUUUUUGGCUUCUACCAUUGUUUUUUCUGUACUAACUUUUGGAAUAUGGGAAUCUUCAGCCAAUCCCUAUCCCUUUGAGUUUCUCCAAUGCCUUUCUCUUCAUUCCCCUAAGGGAGCUGACUCCAUUUUCAACCUCAUCUACACUCCAACCAACUCUUCUUUCUCUCAUAUUUUGAACUUUUCAAUUAGAAAUCUCAGAUUCUCAACAGCCACCACCCCAAAACCCCUUCUCAUCAUCACCCCUUUACACCCUUCCCAUGUUCAAGCCUUGGUUAUUUGCUGCAAAGUCCAUGGCUUUCAAAUUCGAAUUCGAAGCGGCGGCCACGACUACGAGGGUCUUUCUUAUGUUUCCGACGUCCCAUUCAUGCUCGUGGACUUAGGUGAUUAUAGAUCAAUUGCCAUUGACACUCAGAACAACACCGCAUGGGUUGAGUCUGGCGCAACUCUCGGUGAGCUCCAUUACAGGAUCGCCAAGAAGAGCCAAACUCUCGCAUUCCCGGCGGGCGGUUGUCCAACUGUUGGUAUCGGAGGACACUUGAGCGGCGGCGGCCACGGUGGGUUGCUCAGAAAAUAUGGUCUUGCUGCUGAUCAUGUGGUUGAUGCCUUGUUGGUUGAUGCAAAUGGAAAGCUUUUGGAUAGAAAAUCAAUGGGGGAGGAUUUGUUUUGGGCCAUUAGAGCUGGUGGAGGAGGAAGCUUUGGGAUCGUUCUUGCAUGGAAGAUAAAGCUGGUUUAUGUUCCUCCAACUGUCACAGUUUUUACAGUUAGCAAAAAAAUGGAUCAGAAUACUUUGAAGUUGAUCCAUCAGUGGCAAUACGUUGCAAGCAAGCUGGAUGAGAAUCUGUUCAUUGGCAUCACCUUGAUUAUUGGUCCUAAUAACUCGAGGCAAGGAGGAAGAAGAACAAGAACGAGAACAAGAACAGUGAAUGCCUCAUUCUUUUCUCUAUUUCUUGGCAAAGCAAAUGAGCUUCUCUCCAUCAUGCAAAAGAGCUUCCCAGAGCUAGGAUUGUUAAAAGAAGAUUGCAUAGAAAAUAAUUGGAUUGAAUCUUUUCUCAUAUUAGCAGGCUUUACAAAUGGAGAAUCCUUAGAAGAAGCUUUACUCAAUAGAAGCACAACACCAUCCUACAUUGGAGCCUACAAAGUCAAAUCAGAUUAUGUGAAAGAACCCAUCUCAGAAAUUGGCUUAAAUGGGAUGUGGCAGAUGUUAAGAACUACAAACAUUGAAUCAGCUUCAAUUGUUUUGCUUCCUUAUGGAGGAAAAAUGAAUGAAUUUUCUGAGUCAGAAAUUCCAUAUCCACAUAGAUCUGGCUAUGUGUUUAAAAUUGGAUAUUUUGUUGUGUGGAAAGCAAUAGGAGUUAAGGCAGCUGAUAGGCACUUGAUUUGGAGUAGAGAGGUUUACGAUUACAUGGCUCCUUUCGUUUCGAAGUCGCCAAGAUCUGCAUAUAUUGGUUAUAGAGACAUUGAUAUAGGAAUGAAUAAGGAGUUUGGGAAAGGUACUAGUUAUAAAGAAGCAAGCAUUUGGGGACUAAAGUAUUUUGGGAAUAAUUUCAAGAGAUUAGUGCAAGUAAAAACUAAGGUUGAUCCUUAUGAGUUCUUUAGGUAUGAGCAAAGUAUACCCUCUUUUGUACUUCAGUGGUCAUAGAAUUAAGUUUGAUAAUCUUUGGCCUUUGGAAUAAUCUAUUUGGGAUAAUGCUGUUUUGUUUGUGGCAAAAAUAUUUUAUUGACUUACCUUUUUCUCUUGAUGAGGGAGAGAUAUAACAAUAUAAUGUAUUGUGAAAAUAAUAGAGAGUUGCUAGCUCAUA